AUGGAGAUAUUGAAGGGGCCUGCGAUACAUCUCGAAUUAGCUUCAGAUUUAACAAGCGAUACAUUUUUAGAUUGCUUGAAACGAUUCCUAGCCCGGCGUGGUCCUAUUAAAUGUAUUUACUCCGAUUGUGGAACCAAUUUUAUAGGAGCCAAAAAUACUCUUGAUUCCUUAUUCCUUCUCCUAAAUUCCGAAGAGUAUAAAAAGCGUUUCAAUGAAUUAUUGGUUUUGCAUGACAUUGAAUGGAAAUUUAAUCCACCGUUUGCCCCACAUUUUGGAGGUAUAUGGGAGGCGAAUAUUAAAUCAGUGAAGACCCAUUUGUUUAAAGUUAUAGGGUUGCAAAUUUUAUCCUACGAAGAGUUUAAUACAGUCCUCAAUCAAAUCGAAGCCUUACUGAAUUCAAGACCGUUAUGUUGGCUGAGCAAUGAUCCGUCGGACCCUCAGCCUCUUACGCCUGCGCACUUUUUAAUGCAAGAGCCUCUGUCGGAUUUGCCCGUUGACUAUGAAAACUUGAAUUUGACUAAAAGAAAACAAUUGUUAGAUCAUAUUGUCGCUUCUUACUGGAAGCGAUGGAAUGUGGAAUAUCUAACCGAGCUACAGGUCCGACAGAAAUGGAAUAUAGUCACUAAUCCUAUUAAAAAGGGUGAUUUGGUAGUUGUAAAACAAGAGAAUGCGCGUCCGCUCCAUUGGGGGUUGGGAAGAGUUGAAGAGGUUUUUCCGGGCUCCGAUGGAGUGGUUCGAGUAGCAUUG